GGGACUUUGACAUUCGGCUAGGGUAAAAAGGUUCAGGAUUGAGGAGAACCAGCCUAGAACUUCAAAACAUUACUUAGCCUGGCCUGAGAAGUCACUUGUUUGCUUUGGGCCGUUCAGACCCUCAAACUCAGGAUCAUCUGCAAAGCUCAGGGUGGAAGCAUUGCUCCAAACUCUAGAAAAUCAAAUCCAUUGCAAUGCUCAAGCAAAGAAUGAGGUUACUCCACCUACUACUACUGGGCUUCAGCCUGGGUUUUUCAGGAGCAGCAGGGGGCUUUGUGACCCAUGUGGAGAGUGGCUGUAUACUGGAUGAAGAAGGAUCAGUAAAGGACUUCACAUAUUGUAUCUCCUUCAACAAGGAUGUGUUGACCUGCUGGGACUCAGAGGCUAACAAGAUGGCCGCCGUUGAUUUUGGGGUGCUGCAUCCAUUAGCCGAAGAGCUUUCUGAAAUCCUCAGUAACAGAAGUGAUUUUAUGGACCAUAUGAACAAAGGACUCCAGGACUGUGCCAGUCACACAAAGCCCUUCUGGGGAUCAUUGACCCAAAGGACACGGCCACAUCAGCAGGAUAGAAGCCCCAUACAUAACAAGCCAGCAUCACUGACUCCCUUGUGUUGAAUGGUGUGGUCUGGGCUACUUGCACUGAUGGUGGCCAUUUUGUGGUUGAAGAAUGGGCAGCCUAUCCCAAACAGUGGCAUCCAGAGGGCUGUACAAUCCAAUGGGGACUGGACUUAUCAGACACGAUCCUACUUACCCCUUACCCCCUCUAGUGGGGAUAUUUACACUUGCCAUGUAGAGCACAGUGGAACUUCCCAGCCUAUCUUGCAGAACUGGACACCUGGCCUCUCUCUGAAGCAGAUAAUGAAGAUCUCUGUAUCUGUAUUGACUCUGAGCCUCGGCCUCACCCUCUUCGUCCUUGGCCUGGUUGCCUGCCGAAAAGCUGGCUUCUCUGACUACACUCCUCUCUUGGGGUCCAAUUAUCCUGAAGGUAGAAACUUCUCAUAAAGGCUGAUACUCUGAAGCCUCAGC